UUUAUGAUACUCCUCUCUGUAUAUUUAAUUUAUUCACCUCAAUGAUUCUCUUGACUGAUCUGGUAAUUGUUAGAAGCGGCUGUGACAGCCUGGAAACGUUAGUAUGAUUUCCUGAGUUUGAGAUUUGCUGCCUCCCCCCCCUUCCCCAACUCAGGAAAAGUCAACACAAUCGCACUUCAUUUUUCCUUCAUGUGCACUUGGAAAUCCUGGGAGCAGCAAACGCAGCAGCGGCGGCGGCAGCAGCAGCAAGAAUGAACUGCAAGAAAGAAGAUGACAACUGCACUGACGGGAGCAGCAGUAACGCGAAGAAGAUGUUAAAGUGCGUGGUGGUUGGGGAUGGUGCAGUUGGGAAAACCUGUUUGCUGAUGAGUUAUGCCAACGAUGCCUUCCCAGAGGAGUAUGUCCCCACUGUGUUUGACCACUAUGCAGUAACUGUGACUGUGGGAGGACAACAGCACUUGCUGGGACUUUAUGACACUGCUGGGCAGGAGGACUACAACCAGCUGAGACCUCUGUCCUACCCCAACACGGAUGUGUUCUUGAUCUGCUUCUCAGUGGUGAAUCCUGCCUCAUACCACAACGUCCAGGAGGAAUGGGUGCCUGAGCUCAAAGUCUGCAUGCCCAACGUGCCUUAUGUCCUCAUAGGAACACAGAUUGAUCUCCGAGAUGAUCCCAAAACUUUGGCUCGUCUGCUUUACAUGAAAGAGAAACCACUCACCUAUGAGCACGGCGUGAAGCUGGCAAAGGAGAUUGGAGCACAGUGUUAUCUGGAGUGCUCAGCCCUCACGCAGAAAGGCCUUAAAACUGUCUUUGAUGAAGCAAUCCUGACCAUUUUCCACCCCAAAAAGAAGAAGAAGCGCUGCGCAAAGUGCCACAGAUGCUGCACCCUCGUGUGAAGUCACUUGGAAAGAAAAAAGGAGAUGAGUUCAGUGAAACCAAGCAGGUUAGAAAGGCAAUGAAGUCACAUGCAACUGAAAUGGGGAACAUGACCAGGAAGGGGUCCUUCUUACCCAGGCAUAGGAGUCCUUCAUUCUGUGAGACCUCCAAGCUGUACCACAGUAGGCCAACUCAUUUCUAUGUGCUUUCCUAACCCUCCAAAGAUGUAUGCAGCCUGUUCCCACUACUGCAGACUGCAGUGAGCCAACAGAAACCAGGAUGCCUGCUACUGCUUGACUCCUCACCUUAGAAAUAAGGUGAAAGUGCAUGUGGAAAAACAAAGAACUAAAGGUGGUAAAAGAAACAAGAGAAACUUCAUUUGUGGCCUUAAGCAAGAAUUGAUCAAAAUUAGAAAUUUACAGUAUUUAGGAAUUGAGCCUGAAUUGAUUGACAGCACAUGGAGAUCUAUAGAAAUCUAUUAUGUAAGAUAUACACUAUAGGUAGGACAUAUUUUAAAUUUCUUUUAUAAGACUUUCUAGUUCAGGAUAUAUGUUAGUUUGUUCACACCACAUGGAAGCAAAGAUGGAGUGAUUCCAGUUUGGUUUUGCUCAAUAGUGAAACUUCACAGCAUCAGGAUGUUGCUGCACCCAAGCUAUCAAAAUGGAUCAACAUUUACCUCCAGACUUAAAGAAUGUUCUUACAACAACAAAAAAAAAUGCAAACAGCUGCAUUUUUACAGAGGAAUGUUCAGGCUAAGCCAUGUUUCCAGAAGCUGGGAAAGGAAGAACAGGGUUGUAGCAUUAAUGUACUGAAAGAAAUUCUGCCACCAAAGAAUGUUGCCCUAGACAUGAAAUAACAUUGUGGAGCAAUUUCCUCUCCAAACUGAGAACAUGAACAAGACACAUUGCCAUAGCAACUGCAAAUCUACCUUAUAGAUCACCUGGAUUUCUACAUCUCACCCAGCAGACAAAAAUAGCAAAAACCAAAAAGGUCAUACUUACGUCAAGUGCUUUAAGGUGAUCCAAUUGCCUUAAGACUUUUUUUUUUUUUUAAUGGAGUAUCUCAUGUAAAAACAACUCAAAGAGGUGUUGUAAACAUGUUGAUUUAUUGUAGUCUCCCUCUACUCAUUCAUUCUUUCUUUGCUCCUAUUUUUCCAUCUUCAUUACUGUGAGUGUUGUUUAAGUUGCAGGGUGGCUGCAGUCCUCAGAAAUGAACUUUCCUAUGAGUCACAGAUGAUGGGCUGCAGCUGACAGCAGAGAGGUGGGAAGCUUAGAUCCUGUGGGAAGGGAAGAUGCCUGAUAGGUCUCUCUGCUGUCGAAGAUUGUACCUUUUCACUGAAGCCUCUCUAGUGUGCCUGUACUUUUGCACAUCACAGCAACACACUCAAAGGUGAACUCAAAGGGUGUGUUGCUACUUGCAUCUGCCUUCGGGUACCCUGGCAAUGCCAUGAGACUUGUCUUGUGGAUUUCAUUCCCCAAACAGAAAAUCAUAGUACCAGCAAAUACAGAUUUCAAGACUUCUGAUGUAAUUUUCCAUAACGAAGCAUUUCCAGAACUGCUCAGAGUAAGCAAAUAACAGCAGUACACCCUCCCCAGCUCAAGGACACGUGCCCUGUACUCCUCAAACUCCAGGAGACUGCUAGCCCAUGCCUCUCCAGCCAGAAAUCUUGUGAUUAGUGGUGAAUUACAGACCUGGUGUUACCCAGAGCUGACUUCAGCAGGAGCACAUGAACUGCACCCUUGGCACAGAGAAGGGAACAAGCAUGAUGCAGUGCCCAAUCCUACCGCCAUCAAGGCUUAUGAAUCCAAGCUCCUCCUCUACCACAAAUUGAAUUUACCAUGGACACUUACAGAAACCAACUCUGAUACCCCAAAACGUUUCUAGGUAGAAAUCAAACAGUUCACUCUCUCAAAAGUGAUCAAAUUUGAGGCAAAUGCCUUGUUGCUGCACAAACAGCUGUAGACUCUGACAGCUUUCACUUUCCUGCUGCACACAUGUAUGCACAGAAGCAAAGUUCUGCUGAAUCAUAGACAGGCAAAAGA